AGGGGACGGGUGGGAGUGGGGAGUUCUCAUUUGGAGGGGCUGAUAGACAGCUAAGUGGAUGGGGCGGAGCCGUGGAUCAGGCGGAUCUCAACUGGAAGGGGUGGAGCCUAACAAUGGAGACACAGCAGAGGCGGGGCUUGUCGCAGAUGGGUGGGGCUUUGCCAUAGUGGGGAUUCAGGACCCAGAGUGAAGACGACGGGUUGGCCUGUAGUUAAGUCCUAUUGGGUGGGGUUUGCGACCGAGGCGGGGCUUGAUACUGGACCGGAUGAAUUGAGAUUGCCGCCGGGUCAGGUGGAGCUGGUUAGCACUGGAGGCGGGGCUUGCGGUUAGCCUGGAGGGGUGUGGCUUGUUGCUAUGUCGAGUAGGGUAGGGUUUUGCCAUUGGCCGGACAGGGAUGGGGCUAGCUUCUGGGCGGAGCUUUGGGGGCGCUGGCCUGGGGCGGGGCUUGCCCCUCAGGUGGGGGCAGGUCUCGCCGCAGGGCGGGACUUUGCCGCGGGUCAGGUGGGGGCGGGGCUUGUCGUUGGGCGGGACCUGCCACAGCCCCCUGCGAAGAUCCCAAGCCGGGCGAGAGGUGCCAGCGUCCCCAUGGGGCUGUGCUUCCCGUGCCCCGCGGAGUCCGCACCGCCAUCCCCGAGCCCGUGGACGGUGUCAUGAAGCAUCACACACUAGAGGAGUGCUGUGCCGCUAACUCCAGCAUCUGCAGUCAGAUGGAUCUCAGCUGAGUGUCUCUUCUUCGGACUAAUGAAGAGUCAGACUUUGUAUCGUUAGUGCCCUUGAGAGCAGUGUGAAAACUAUACUAAAACUAUUCGUAAAAUUUUUGAUUUUCAAGCUUA